GGGAGUAGGGUAAGAAGGGUGAGUAGGGUAAGAAGGGUGAGUAGGGUAAGAAGGGUGAGUAGGUUAAGAAGGGAAAAUAAUAUAAAAGAAUAAGAAAUUAACAAGAACGUUCGUUUUCUGGGACUGAACUUAGUUCAAAUUCCAAAUUGUGAACUAUGAACAUGAACUAGUUCAUGUUUAAUCUGUCUGAACUUUGAGCUAGCUAUGAGUCUGAGUGUGAACUUCCACAACACUCAGACUCUGGGGUUGGUUUACAAGCUGGGAGCUGGGUGUUUCAGAUAAGGAAGUGAAGUUUAUGAGCAGGAAUUACAGGGGAGUCAAAACUUACAGUCAGUCAACAUUCAGUCAUUGGCUGCUGAUGGAAGUGCAAUGGCGCAGCAAAAGUCUCUCCUGGACCGGGACAGAUACUGCUGUUCAAUAUGUCUGGAUCCGCUGUGUAAUCCAGGGACUCUCGCUUGUGGCCACAGCUACUGUUUGGACUGUAUCAGACAACACUGGGACAAUCAGGCUUUGAAGGGAGUCUACAGCUGUCCCGAGUGCAGAAAGACCUUCAAAACAAGACCAGCUGUGGUAAAGACCACCAUUCUCGCCAAUGUCAUGGAGGAUCUCAAGAGAACACAACUGCAAGACACUCCCCCUGAACACUGCUAUGAUGGACCUGAAGACGUGGGCUGUGAUGUCUGUACGGGGAGGAAGAUGAAGGCCAUCAAGACCUGUCUGGUGUGUCAGGUUUCUUACUGUGAGGAUCACCUCCAGAGUCACUAUCUAGUCGCUGGGUUGAAGAGACACAAGCUGGUGGAACCAGCAGCCGACCUUCAGGACAACAUCUGCCCCCGUCACAACGAGGUCAUGAAUAUUUUUUGCCGCCAAGACCGACAAGCUAUCUGUCAUUUGUGUUUCCUUGAUGAACACAGAAGCCACGACACAGUUUCAGCCGAAGCUGAGAGAAAUGAACGUCAGAAGGAGCUCAGCGGAUAUCAGAGAGCUACACAGGCAAGAGUCAAGGAGGUUGAACAAGACCUUGAGGUUCUUCAACAGGAGAUGGUCUCCAUCAACCGGUUUGCUGAUGAAGCAGUGAGACGUGCUGAUGAGAUGUUUGUUGACCUUAUCCGUUCCGUUGAGAGACAGAGGUCUGAAGUAACAGCAGAGACUAGGACUGAGCAGGAAGCUGGACUGAAGCGGGUCCGGGACCUGAGGAAGAACCUGGAGCAGGAGCUGGUCCAGAUGAAGGGGAGUGGAGCUGACCUGGAUCGUCUCUCCCAGACACAGAGUCACAUCACCUUUCUACAGAAAUACCCCUGGAACUAUUCUAUCAGGAGGUCCACAGCCCGACCCACCAGAGACGUCCGUACAACACAGCGCUUCAACGACGGAACUGUGGCUCUCGUAGAGAUGAAGGAUAAACUGGCGCUAUUUCUCAAAGACAACAGCGCCCAGCUUUCACUAGCAGAGGCUCCGGUGGAAGUCUUACCCUCUGAACAGCUGCACACCAGAGCCCAAUUAUUAACAUAUUCAUGUGAAUUGAGCAUUGACCCAAGCACCACUCACCUACUUCUGACUCCAGGUGACCGAGGAGUAACACAACGAGGCGGGACAGCAGGGGGGUGUCGGAGUAAAGAGAGUCUGACUGGACGGCAUUACUGGGAGGUGAAGUGGAGAGCAGGGUUUGUCACUAUCAACGUGGGAUACAAGGACAGCUCAUGGGAUCAUCAAGGGUUUGGAAAAGACAGACAAUCUUGGGCUUUGAUUAUUCAGCCGAAUAUUGUACAAUUUCAACAUGACAGAAUCCCCAUUCGUAUCCCAGGCCCUCCUCCCUCCAGAGUGGGGGUGUACCUGGACUACAGGGCCGGUACUCUCUGUUUCUACAGCAUCUCUGACACCAUGACUCUGCUCCACAAGGUCAAGACCACAUUCACAAAGCCCCUCUAUGCUGGACUUUGGCUGGAUGGACUUUGGCUGGUUGGUCUAAGAACUGGAGGCACUGCAGAGUUCUGCUACCUACGAAACUUGUAGGU